CGUAAGCGAAAAGCGAUGCUUCAUGAUUGUGGUGCUUAUGGAUUGAUUUAAAGUCUAUGGCAGGAAUUCCCAUUCAAAAAUAAACUAGCAAGUAUAAACAAUUAUCGGCUAUUUUUAUGAAAAAAGUAUGCUGUUAACAUUUCUUUACAUGAUAGCCACCAUCAUGCAAGCACGGAGGAUAUCAUUUCUGAAAGCACACUUAAAUACUAUCUUUAAGGAAAACAAGAGUCAUCCUUCUAUUGCGCUUAAGAUUAAAUCAUCUCGACACCUAAGUAAAGAUCGCAAUGCAUCACGAUACGAUGAUGAACAUUUCAUGAGUUCUCGUUUGUGUACUAACAAACAUCUUGCAAAACUUGACGAAUUAGUAUGGUUUCAAGAAAAUGCAAAAUUAUAUACUAUAUACCCUCAACAAAAAGUUGAUGUAUCCGACUGGCUGAGUUAUCCAAAUGGAAAGUCGUUUCCCCUGUAUGCGAGUAACUGCUGUCAGAUUUCAAGCAAAUCUGAUCUCAAGAUGCAUAUUCUUGUCGAAGUUGAUAUGGAAACUUAUAGAUCUCGGGCCUCAACAGUCUCUGCAAAACUUGAGGAUUAUGGUCUAAUUAUGGCAUGGACAACAUCAGAUACGAAUAUGAGUUUCAUUUUAGAAACAGAUAUAGAACAUAUUACGAGCUUAAUAACUGGGGUUAUGCAAGGACAAUAUUGUAUUAAUCAUGGCUUAUGUUUAACACGUGUUCAAUCUGUUUUGGUAUCGGGAAAACCGUAUAUUUAUAAUGAUACUGGACACCUUGGUCCACCACCGAAUAAAAAUAGUUUUUAUGCAAAGUGCGAAGCAGCUCGAGUAUCUUCCCAAAAAAAUAAGCCUAAAGGGAUUAUAUGUGGUGUAAGUGUACGAUCACAAGAUAAAAAUGUGAAUGCUGAUGCAUUUACAGAAGACUUUUAUGCAAAAAGUGCUAAAUCAUCUAAUUCAGCACCAGCAACAUGUAAUUCGUCACCAACUGACGAGCGUAUAGGAGGAUUGGUAAAAAAUCCAUACAAUAGAGCAUUACCAAGCGAUGUGCUUCUUGCCGCUACUGGAGGAUACAAACCUGAUUUAACCAAAAUUUAUUUACCUGAUGCCACAGAGAAAAAAGACAAUAGUAAUGAAGAACUUGAAAAUAAUCAAAGCAAGUCUACUAAAGAAGCAAGUACUUGCAAAAAUUUUGAAUUGAAAGUAGAGGAAAUUCCCAAUAAGGUGAUUAAACCACCAAAUGUUCUCGUCUGUGCAGAUACUCUAGGUGCGACCGACAAUUUAGAAAAUUUAUUAUCAAAAGUGCUAGAGCGAAAUAGGUAUGACAUCCAUGUAUUUUGUAAAGGGGACUAUAAUAGUUGCAAAAUUUGGAUAGAUCAGGUUUCUUUAGUAGUUCUUUGUGGUAAUGUUGGUGCAGAACUCGGUGCUCAACUUGUGGAAUACAUUAUACAAGGGGGCAAACUUCUAGCGUUAUGCUCAGACAUGUUACAUAUUUUGCUACCAUCAUUCAAGACUGCCGAAGUACGUGAAAAUGAACUCGUACACUUUUCAUAUGGUAAAUGGAAACAAGUACGUAUGAUGCAUCACAUCUUUUGCUACCAUGCAUCCCCCGUACGAACCCGUUUUUCUCAAGAUCACGAAGAUACAAGAACGUCUACGUUGAAUACUCCGACGUCAACUAGUGUUAAGGACAAAAAGGGAAAUUUACAUUCGUUUGAUGUAAAAGUAUUAGGCAGAGAAGAAACAUGGCACAGUCCAAGCAUAUUACUCGCAACUUUGCCUAGUAGUGGUGGUAAAGUGGUAUUCUCUCAAAUCCAUUUAGAGAUAGAUCCAAUGAAAUAUGUAUAUGAGGGAGAUAAAUUUAACGAGUUGAAAAAAAGUAACACUGCACGGUUGGAAAUAAUCAGUGAUCUACUGAGCAUACAUUUAGGAUUGGAUGUAAAUCGUGAUUUAAGUCAAGUAUCAGAUAAAAAAUCUGUACGGUAUACUCCAGGUUACUUUUUAGGCAAAUUUGAGAUGAAGAUGAAGAUGCUUGAAAAACUGAAGGAUAGAAUAGAUAAAACUAACAUAUUAAAAAUGUCAGACAUAGAAAUUCAAUUUUGCGCAAAUAACGAUGAUGCGCACUCACCAUCUGCUAAGUUUCUCCCUAUUAUGAUGCAUAUGUGUCCGCCUAAUUUUUCGACUGUAGAUUAUUUUGAAAAUCUCUGUACAAAAGAACUGGGCCGUUUAGUAAUAUAUGCCGAUAUCUUGACAUCAUCCAUGCAUGUGAGUAACGCCCGAUUACAACACGGACUAGCAGUUAUUCCACGUCAACAGAUAUACGGACGAGGGCGAUACAAUAAUAAAUGGCUCAGUCCAAAUGGUUGUGCUAUGUUUACUUUACAAGUACAUAUUUCGAUAAUGUCGAGUCUCGGUCGUUAUGUCUCGCUUCUUCAACAUAUUGCUGCUGUAGCACUUGUAUCAGCUGUAAGAUCUAUUAAAGGAUACGAGGAUAUUAAUCUCAGAAUAAAAUGGCCUAACGAUAUAUAUAUUGGUAAUUCGAUUAAGAUUGGUGGUAUAAUCGUUUCUACGCGGUCGGAAGAUGUUGGAGCAAAGUACAUUUGUAAUAUUGGUGCUGGUGUAAACCUUUCCAAUAAUAAACCUACAACUUGCAUCAAUGAUACGAUUCUGCAAUAUAAUCAAAAAUAUGGUACAAAAUUAGAAACGUUAUCUCAUGAAAAGUACUUGGCAUUGGUAUUCAAUGAAAUGGAAACUUUAUUAGAUAUUCUACAGAAUGGCAACACAGAACACUUCUAUCAACUUUAUUACAAAUAUUGGUUGCACACGAAUGCAAAUGUGAUGGUAACGAGGAUAAAUGGAAGAAGAGAAAGUGUUACGAUCUUAGGUAUUGAUGAUUACGGAUAUCUAUUGGUGCAAGGAAAAAAGGGUUUAUUUUCUGUACAAUCAGAUGGAAAUAGUUACGAUCUUUUCAAAGGGCUAAUAGUACCAAAAUAAAGAAUUAUAUAUUCGUUAAUUGUUAC